GAUUAAAAUAACACAGAACAUUGGAGUUACAUUUAUUAUGACUGGUCAGUAUGCAGAUGCCAUUAAUUCAUUUGAGCACAUAAUGAGUCUGGCACCAAACCUGAAGGCAGGCUUCAACCUAAUUCUGAGUUAUUUUGCCAUUGGAGACAGAGAAAAAAUGAAGAAGGCAUUCCAAAAAUUGAUUGCUGUUCCAUUAGAAAUUGAUGAAGAUGAUAAAUAUAUUUCACCAAGCGAUGAUUCUCAUACUAACUUAGUGAUUGAAGCAAUAAAAAAUGAUCAUCUUAGGCAAAUGGAACGUGAAAGGAAAGCCAUGGCAGAAAAAUACAUCUUGACAGCUGCAAAACUCAUUGCUCCUGUAAUUGAAACAUCAUUUGCUGUGGGUUAUGAUUGGUGUGUGGAAGUGGUGAAAGCUUCUCAAUAUGUAGAGCUAGCCAAUGAUCUGGAAAUAAACAAAGCAAUUACAUACUUGAGACAAAAGGACUUUAACCAAGCUGUAGAGACCUUAAAAAUGUUUGAAAAGAAGGACAGUAGAGUGAAAAGUGCAGCUGCAACCAACCUCUCAUUCCUGUAUUAUUUGGAAAAUGAAUUUGCACAAGCCAGCAGCUAUGCGGAUUUAGCUGUGAACUCUGAUAGAUAUAAUCCAUCAGCUCUUACUAAUAAAGGGAACACAAUUUUUGCAAAUGGUGAUUAUGAGAAGGCAGCUGAAUUCUACAAAGAGGCUCUAAGGAACGAUUCCUCUUGCACUGAAGCGCUUUACAACAUUGGUCUUACCUAUAAGAAGCUGAACCGGCUAGAUGAGGCUUUGGACUGUUUCCUGAAACUUCACGCAAUCCUGCGUAACAGCGCCCAAGUUCUUUACCAGAUAGCCAAUGUAUAUGAAUUAAUGGAAGACCCCAGUCAAGCUAUUGAAUGGCUAAUGCAACUGAUCAGUGUUGUGCCAACUGAUUCUAGAGCUUUGUCUAAACUAGGAGAAUUAUAUGACAGUGAAGGAGAUAAAUCGCAAGCAUUUCAAUAUUACUAUGAGUCAUAUAGGUAUUUCCCUUCUAAUAUUGAAGUCAUUGAGUGGCUCGGAGCCUAUUACAUUGAUACCCAGUUUUGUGAAAAAGCCAUUCAGUACUUUGAAAGAGCUUCUCUUAUACAGCCCACACAAGUGAAAUGGCAGCUGAUGGUUGCUAGUUGUUUCAGAAGAAGUGGUAACUACCAAAGAGCGUUAGAUACUUAUAAAGAUAUUCACAGAAAAUUUCCAGAAAAUGUCGAAUGUCUGCGUUUCUUGGUUCGUCUCUGCACAGAUAUUGGAUUAAAAGAAGUUCAAGAAUAUGCUACAAAACUCAAGAAGUUGGAAAAAAUGAAAGAAAUAAGGGAACAGCGCAUCAAGUCGGGCAGAGACAGCAGUGGGGGCGCCCGUGGCAAAAGAGAGGGGAGUGCUGGCAGUGAUAGUGGCCAGAACUGUAGUGCCAGUAGUAAAGGUGAACGACUAAGUGCCAAACUCAGAGCUUUACCUGGGACAAAUGAACCUUAUGAAAGUAGCAGUAACAAAGAAAUAGAUGCCUCCUAUCUGGAUCCACUUGGACCUCAAAUAGAAAGACCAAAAACUGCAGCCAAAAAAAGAAUCGAUGAGGAUGAUUUUGCUGAUGAACAGUUAGGAGAUGAUUUGCUUCCAGAAUAAUAUUCACUUUUACAUGUUAUUUAUUAAAGAAAAGAAGUCGCCUUACAAGAUAAUACUCAUGUUAAACUUUGGAUUAUAUAUCCAAAUUUUUUACACUGUCAAAACUUUAAAUAAGUGUAUUCUGUUCUAUGAGUAUGGAUUUAAGGUUUUUUUUGUUUUU